AUGUCGUUCAAGGGUUUUAAGAAAACGAUUGUGCGUGCUCCGCAGAGUUUCCGCCAAAAAAUGAACAUGGGUGAGAUCACUGAGGAUCCCGUUUACUCGGAUGCUGAACGGCGGUUCAAGGAGUUGGAGUUGGAGACUAAAAAACUUAGUGACGAAUCGAAAAGGUACUUUGCGGCCGUCAAUGGCAUGUUAGACUACCAGAUUGACUUUUCGAAAGGAAUUGAGGAGAUCUACAAGCCCAUCAGUGGGCGGUUGUCAGACCCAAAUGCCACCGUUCCGGAAGACAAUCCCGAAGGUAUCAAAGCAGCGGAACAGUACCGUGAAGUUGUCAAAGAGCUCAAGGAGUUGUUGAAGCCUGAUUUGGAGUUGAUUGAAAAGCGUGUCGUCAACCCUGCGCAGGAAUUGUUGAAGGUGAUUCAUCUGAUUCGUAAAAUGGCCACCAAGAGAGACCACAAGCGCAUGGACUUGGACAGACACAAGCGCACCUACAAUAAGUAUGCCAAUGAGAAGGAACGGACGGCAAAAGUGGAGGAGAAGAUGUACAACGCCGAAGCCGAAGUGCACGUGGCGCAGCAGGAAUAUGACUACUACAACGACAUGUUGAAGAACGAACUUCCCAUCUUGUUCCAAAUGCAGCUGGACUUCGUCAAGCCCUUGUUCUUGUCCUUCUACUACAUGCAGUUAAACAUUUUCUACACCUUGUAUAACCGCAUGGAAGAGUUGAAGAUCCCAUACUUUGACUUAACGCUGGAUAUCGUCGAAGCUUAUCAUGCGAAGAAGGGUAACAUUGAGGAGCAAACUGAUAGCAUUGGAAUCACCAACUUUAAAGUCGGUCACUCCAAGAACAAGUUGGAGGCUACUAAGAGAAGACAUGCCAUGAUGGCAGGAGGUGCUCCUGGUGCUCCGGGAACGCCUGGCGCUCCUGGUUCCCCUGCGUACGGUCAAUAUGGUCAAUACGGCCAGCAAAGCCCAGACCUGACUGGUACUCCAGGUCAAUAUGGCCAAUAUGGCCAGUAUGGCCAAUACGGUCAACAAGUGCAAUCUCCCACUUCGGGUCAAUAUGGGCAGUACGGUGCGGACGCAAAAACUCCUGCCACUGCUGGAGUUGGCUCCCCUUACAGUACGUACCAGACCCCAGCGGCCGCGUCUCCUGUUUCGGCACCUCCCGCAUACUCGCCUGCUGUUCCAGCCGCUCCCUCUUAUUCUCCUGCGACACCUGCUGCGCCUGCCGCAGCUCAGACAUGUACUGCUUUGUAUGACUACGCCGCACAGGCUCAGGGUGACUUGAGCUUCCCUGCGGGGGCGGUGAUCGAAGUUGUGGAAAAGGGUGACGCUAACGCAUGGUGGACGGGAAGAUAUAACGGUCAAACAGGCUCGUUUCCUGGAAACUACGUACAGUUGAAUUAG